GAGAUUGAUGAAUUUGGACAUUUGGAUUUUCGCUUUGCACAUCUUUCUUUUUAACCGCGCGCCACUACAACGACGCCUACAUUUUACCGGCGAUAUGGUUUGCAGAUAUCCACAACCCCACGGCAGGGCAGCCCUUCGAAUAUAUUGUCUCACGGGUGAAAAAAAAGCUCCUUGAGCUUAAAUUGGAUUAAAUAUCUUAGGAAACAGGGUUCCAGAUGGGGGUAUUUGGAAUCAGGGACAAAGGGAUACCUACAAAAGAGCUCCUCUACCCAGCUUAGCUAUCACAUGAAAGACACGAUCUCAAUAGAAAAUCAACAAUCGAAUUCUCCCUUACGAAUCUUCAGAGGCUAAAACACUCUGCUGAGCAACUAGUACCUAAUACUUUAUUCUAAUACAGCACUAUCAAAAUGCUUCCCCAGAUUUUUCCCCUUGCGGCCCUUGCCGCCACGGUUUCGGCCCACGGUCUCAUCACGACACCAGCUCCCCGUGCCCCAGGAGACGCGUCCAUCGCCGCCUGCGGAAAGUCCGUCGUGAAUAACAUCAAGAACGACAAGACAUCGCACGUGGAAGGUCUACCUGAGCUCGCUGCCGCUGACCCAGACUACAAGAGCGAAGAAUGCAAUGUAUGGCUCUGCAAGGGCCUCCAGUACGCCGACAACGCGGCCAACCUGCAGAAAUACACGGCCGGCCAGAGUGUCCCCAUCGAAGUUCAAUUGUCAAUCCCGCAUGUCGGAUCCGCCAAUGUGUCCAUCGUCGACACCAAGACGGACACCAUCAUCGGGACCCCCUUGCUGAGCUGGCCCUCCGGAUACGCUGAUGAGCGCCAGUUCUACGCCCACACGACCCCCGCUAACCAGACCAAAUUCAAUGUCACUAUCCCCGAUGACCUUGGCUCUCAAUGCUCUGAGGCCGGUGCUUGCGUCAUCCAAUGGUGGUGGUACGGCACCGGAGCGAAACAGACCUACGAGUCUUGCAUCGACUUUACCCUUGCGUGAAGACUUCCAAUUCGGAAAAAGGGAUGAAUGAGAUAUACAGAGAAUAAAAUACGAUGUUAGAUAUCAAGAUACUUCCCCGAAAUUUUCGUUAUCAUUUAGCAACAAGCUUUAUCUAUUUAUAUAAAUACAUAUAUCUUCGAAAUACUAUGAUAUAUAUGUCCUAAUUUUCCUUGCAGGCUGAUAGUAGUAUCACAGUGGAAAAGAGACUGUUUAAUUUAUUUAUUUUGUUUAUUGACUUAGUUGAGGAAAUAUUUUACUACUGCGGAAAAAUAGGACGAAAAGCAAAUUA